AUAUGUUGAAAGCCAAUGAUAAGAAAAUAGAUUUUAAUAAUUUAAACCUUGAUUGUUCAUAUACCCUUGAAAAAUUUGAAUUCAUCAACGACCAGCUUAAGACACACAUUCUAGAAAUUGACGGACAUCCAGUUAACCCUUUUGAUCUUGACAAAAAUGGUGGUAAAACAAUCAGAGCGCUGGAUAUUUCUUAUAGAUCCAAAGAAAUAGAUCAUCAAUUGAAUGCACAACAGAAUUGGAGUUUUAAAGGUGAUCCUUUUACCCCUAUAUUUGUUAUCGAAGUCGGAAACAUUUCAACUCGUUCAAAGUUUGAGGAACUUGAUAGAAAAUUCAAGGAUGUAUACUUCACAGAGGGGGCCUUUGUACAAUUGGGAUGGUUAAUAGAUCCAGAAAAUAAAGAGAUCCACAUAUGUAGAAGCGGUCGACGCUGUAUUAAUCAUGGAUGGAAAGAUGUUAAUGCUAAGAAUAUUUUACCAAGGUUUACUUUAGAAAUAUGGAAAAUCGAACAUGUAAUUUCACAGCGAGAAUCGGUAUCACUUGAACCCAUAUCAUUCUAUUGUUCCUCAUGCUCAAAAACCUUUGCCGAUUCAUACAAUAUGAUUAAACAUAUGGAGAGUAACCAUGCAUACAAACGAAGACAUUGA